AUUCCUGCGUCCGCGUCGUUUGGAGCCGCGACGCUGAACAUGGCGCGUUCCUAGAAGCCGCUUUCGGCAUCAGUAGGCGGCGGCGUGUGGACUGGAAGCGUGAGGCGCGGGACCAACCGACUUCGCUUCGUGUUGGGGACUGGAAGCGGGAGAGCCGGGGUAUUCCGGACCGAACCAAACGGUGUCCAUGGAUCUCAAUAGUGCCAGCACUGUUGUUCUUCAGGUCUUAACACAGGCCACCAGUCAGGAUACUGCUGUAUUAAAACCAGCAGAGGAGCAACUGAAACAGUGGGAGACACAGCCAGGUUUCUAUUCAGUGUUAUUGAAUAUUUUUACAAACCACACUCUGGAUAUAAAUGUAAGGUGGCUUGCUGUGCUAUAUUUUAAGAAUGGAAUUGAUCGUUAUUGGAGACGUGUAGCACCUCAUGCUCUCUCAGAGGAGGAGAAAUCUACGUUGCGUGCAGGGCUAAUCACCAACUUCAACGAACCAGUAAACCAGAUUGCAACUCAGAUUGCAGUGCUGAUUGCAAAAGUUGCUAGAUUGGACUGUCCUAGACAGUGGCCUGAACUCAUUCCCACUCUUAUAGAAUCUGUGAAAGUCCAAGAUGAUCUUCGACAGCACAGAGCAUUACUUACCUUCUAUCAUGUUACCAAGACUCUGGCUUCCAAACGUCUGGCUGCUGAUAGGAAAUUGUUUUAUGAUUUAGCUUCUGGAAUUUAUAAUUUUGCCUGCUCUCUGUGGAAUCACCAUACAGACACAUUCCUUCAACAAGUUUCUUCUGGGAAUGAAGCUGCAGUUCUAAGUUCAUUAGAACGAACUCUGCUGUCAUUGAAAGUGCUGCGUAAAUUAACUGUUAAUGGAUUUGUGGAACCUCAUAAGAAUAUGGAGGUGAUGGGUUUUUUACAUGGAAUAUUUGACCGUCUGAAACAAUUUCUGGAAUGCAGUAGAAGUAUAGGUACAGAUAAUGUAUGUAGAGACAGACUGGAAAAGACCAUCAUUCUUUUUACUAAAGUGCUUUUGGACUUCUUGGAUCAGCAUCCGUUUUCAUUUACUCCUCUAAUUCAGAGAUCACUGGAAUUUUCUGUAAGCUAUGUAUUUACAGAAGUUGGUGAAGGCGUUGCAUUUGAACGAUUCAUUGUUCAAUGCAUGAAUCUUAUUAAGAUGAUUGUAAAAAAUUAUGCUUAUAAGCCAUCCAAAAAUUUUGAAGACAGCAGUCCUGAAACUUUAGAAGCACAUAAGAUCAAGAUGGCAUUCUUUACAUAUCCCACUUUGACAGAGAUAUGUAGAAGAUUAGUCUCUCAUUAUUUUCUGUUAACUGAGGAAGAACUGACAAUGUGGGAAGAAGACCCAGAAGGCUUUACAGUGGAAGAAACAGGGGGAGAUUCUUGGAAAUACAGUUUGAGGCCUUGCACUGAAGUACUAUUUAUAGAUAUAUUCCAUGAAUAUAAUCAGACUCUUACUCCUGUACUUCUAGAAAUGAUGCAAACACUUCAAGGGCCCACUAAUGUGGAAGAUAUGAAUGCACUAUUAAUCAAAGAUGCUGUGUAUAAUGCUGUUGGAUUAGCAGCUUAUGAGCUGUUUGACAGUGUUGAUUUUGAUCAGUGGUUUAAAAACCAACUUCUUCCAGAAUUACAAGUCAUUCACAAUAGAUAUAAGCCAUUGCGACGCAGGGUGAUUUGGCUCAUCGGUCAGUGGAUUUCUGUGAAAUUCAAGUCUGACUUAAGACCCAUGUUAUAUGAGGCAAUUUGUAACUUGCUUCAAGAUCAAGACUUAGUGGUCCGUAUUGAAACAGCGACAACACUGAAGUUAACUGUUGAUGAUUUUGAAUUUAGAACAGAUCAGUUUCUGCCGUAUUUGGAAACCAUGUUCACACUACUUUUUCAGCUGCUCCAGCAAGUUACAGAAUGUGACACAAAGAUGCAUGUUUUGCAUGUCCUUUCCUGUGUGAUUGAAAGAGUCAAUAUACAGAUACGACCGUAUGUAGGAUGUUUGGUACAGUAUUUGCCUCUUCUUUGGAAGCAGAGCGAAGAACACAAUAUGUUGAGAUGUGCUAUUCUGACAACACUUAUUCAUCUUGUUCAGGGAUUAGGAGCAGACAGCAAGAACCUGUACCCUUUCCUGCUCCCAGUUAUCCAACUGAGUACAGAUGUUUCCCAGCCUCCACAUGUUUAUCUUCUGGAAGAUGGUUUAGAAUUAUGGUUAGUGACUUUGGAAAACAGCCCAUGUGUUACACCGGAGUUGCUUCGCAUAUUUCAGAAUAUGUCCCCCCUUCUUGAACUAAGUUCAGAAAACCUCAGAACCUGCUUUAAGAUCAUCAAUGGUUAUAUCUUUUUAUCAUCAACAGAAUUUCUACAGACAUACGCAGUAGGUCUAUGUCAAUCCUUUUGUGAGCUGCUAAAGGAAAUUACUACUGAAGGUCAAGUUCAAGUGCUCAAGGUUGUGGAAAACGCCCUUAAAGUGAACCCAGUAUUAGGCCCACAAAUGUUUCAACCAAUUCUACCCUGUGUUUUCAGAGGUAUUAUAGAAGGAGAGAGGUAUCCUGUCGUGAUGUCAACAUAUCUUGGAGUUAUGGGUCGAGUCCUGCUACAAAAUACUAGUUUUUUUUCUUCGCUUCUUAAUGAGAUGGCACAUAAAUUUAAUCAAGAGAUGGAUCAGCUUUUGGGAAAUAUGAUUGAAAUGUGGGUUGAUCGAAUGGACAACAUUACGCAGCCUGAAAGAAGAAAACUUUCAGCUUUGGCUUUGCUUUCUCUUUUGCCAUCUGAUAACAGUGUCAUCCAAGAUAAAUUCUGUGGGAUUAUAAACAUCUCAGUGGAAGGCUUACAUGAUGUCAUGACAGAAGAUCCUGAAACAGGAACUUACAAAGACUGUAUGUUAAUGUCUCAUCUUGAAGAACCAAAAGUAACAGAAGAUGAAGAACCACCCACAGAACAGGAUAAGAGAAAAAAAAUGCUGGCUCUGAAGGACCCGGUACACACAGUGUCGCUGCAGCAGUUUAUCUACGAGAAGCUGAAGGCGCAGCAGGAGCUCCUGGGAGAGCAAGGCUUCCAGUCCCUCAUGGAGACCGUGGACACGGAGAUCGUCACCCAGCUGCAGGAGUUUUUGCAGGGCUUCUGAGAGCAAGUGGCGUGUGGCUGCCUCCCCUUUCUGAAACAAGCCAAGGACCCCAGCCUGCCAUUGGUGUGUGCCAGCCUGCUGAGAGGAUGAAGAACUCCCUCGUGUAUGCCUAUAAAGAAGUGAAGACCAUACAUUUUUAAUACCAAAAUGAGUGAAUAAAUGUAAAUCCCGCACAACUAAAAUCACAAA